AUGUCUAUGGACAUGGAGCUCGCAAAGACCAAUCCGGGCCACCUCUCUCGCAAGGAUAAUCAGUCAAUAUCAUCCAACCAUUCUGGCAGAAGUCGGUCAGCAUCGCAUCCUGCGGUGGAAUCUGCCGUAACCCGACUGCUGGUGGCCAUCAAGCAGCUACUCGAAGCGCUCACAUCAUGGAGUCAACUGAAAAUGGACGAGAAUCAGGUCAGCGACGUGUAUGUUAGGUUGGGGAAUGACUUCAAUGCGGCAGUCGCUGCCUUCAGCGCCUUCAAUAUCGAUAUGCGUGAAUUGCUGUCCGUACCUGAGGAUCUUCGUACCGUCCUUGAGGCCUGCCUAGCUGAAGACGCAACCCCCGAGAACUUGGAGCGAUUCCUCCCCAUAGUGCGCCAGAUUAUCACCAACCUCCUUCAGGGUCUCCGCGGGAAGCAAUCAAUAUAUAGGCGCAUCGUGUCUGAGCACCGGCACAAGUCUGACCAGCCCCCCGGUCAUGAGCGGAACGACAGCAGGUCGUCGCGCUCCGAGAGACUUUCUCGACGCGAAGGCUCGCAUCGUUCUACUGCUUCGAAGGGGACUAUCGAAGGUGGCGACCGUCCCCCUGAAAGAGAUUCCAUAUCACGUCGUAGCGCACAGUCUAGUCGCAGAAGGGACAUCUCAAAUAGCCAGAAUACACCACCACCCCCUGCGCCUUACAUAAAUGGAAACGGAGACGAGAGAUUCGUAGGUGGGUUCGCAAUGUCUCCUUCGAACGGCGGAGACUCGUACACUGAAGAAGCGACAACGACCCCUUCUACUGGGCAACAUCGAAGGCAGAAGUCUGUGCCAUCAGUGGACUCCCCGAACCAAGUACCAGUAUCCCUUCGUGCAGGGCCUUCUACGCCUCCACCGAACGAACCACCUCCCGAUACCCCACCGCCCGUCCCUGCAUCCGCCGUUCCAGCGUUCAUCAAGCGUUAUUCUCUUGUCGACAAACCUAUGGCCCCCCCUUCUGCACCUACCGUCGUCGUCGAACCGUCGAGCCCCGACAUACAACUUGAUUCCCAAAAUUCCUCUCCGUCCCCGUCUCAAAAUCAAUCCUCCCUCCCAUCACCUCCGCCUCCGCCUCCACCGAUUCCGCCCUCAUCAUUGCUUGCAGGUCCCGAGCAAGCGUCGCUUGCCGCGCUAAAAAAGAGCGACACUCUCGAGCGACGCGCCUCUAAACGGUUCUCUUCCUAUAAUAUUACGCGCAUGACAGGCGGUGCCGGUGCGAGCAGGGAAAAGUCGGGGCGUGGAGGGAAUAAUGCUAAUCGACGGUCUUUAUUGGCAGCUGGGUCUGCUCUGACCCCAGGCGAGCUUGCAGUGCUGACAGAAGUGGAUGAUGAAGAGCCGCGGGCCAGUACACCACCUCCCCCCCUACCUCGCACGCCCUCUAAAAGUCCUGAGCCCUCUACCGCCGCAUCAUCUGGCCCUCCUCAAGUUGAACCGGUCGUCGAAAAUGGUGCGAGUGACCAGUCUUCAUCAUCCGAUCCCACACGCAUUCCCGUGUUCCUUCAACUCGGUCGAGAAGUCAAGAAAGUGGUUAUCGAACCUGGGUUGUCGUUCGCUUCGUUGCGCAUGCUAUUUGUUGAUAAGUUUUCCUACAACCCCGGGUUGGAGAAUUUCCCUGCUAUAUAUAUUCAAGAUCCUUCGAGUGGCGUUCAGUACGAACUUGAGGAUGUAGAUGAAGUCAAAGAGAAGUGUCUACUCUCCUUAAAUAUCGAACCUCUUGACCAAAUCAAGCAACAUAUCGACGCCCAAAUAUUGACGUUAUCGCAAGAUUUGAAAGAAUUACGAUCUGCGGUAGUCCACAAUGCACGAAGCCCCCCAUCACCUAUCAUCGCCCACCCCUUAGGCGAAAGCACGCCUUCUACUAGCCGACCGACCGACAAGCAAUUCCAAAGCAUAGCUCGUCGGCUUUCUCGCUUCGUAGCUAACGACGCGUUCCCUCCAUCCCCUCCCCCUCCUCCCCCAAUGGUGCCCCAGAUGACUGGGCAGUCUCUUCAACCCCAAAUGACCGGCGCUUCGGUCCUCUCAGAUUACUCGAGCCGUGUCGUAGGCGACCUCAAGACUCAGUUCGAUGAAGUCCAGAAUCUCCGCCGUGACCUUGGAAUAAUGCGUCAACUAUAUACCGAGUUUAUGAAGCAAACGAAGGAGUCUCUGGGCACGCUUCGUACGCAAACGCAGUCUGUAAAGCAACUUGCUACAACACGUGUUGGCGGUGCGAGAGAGUAUAUCGAUACGGGCAAGAAGAAACUUGAUGGGAGAAGCCAGAACGUUCUUACCGAAGUCGAGAAGCUUCAAGACACGGUUGAAGGCAUCAAAGAUGAUGUUCUGAAGAGACAUGUCACGCCUAAACCCGCAUACCUGAAAUCUAUCAAGAAGGACAUCGAAAACGUUGCCACGGAGCUUGGCGCGCUCAGGGAGCAUAUGAAGACCAUCAAACCCAUGUGGAAAAAGACAUGGGCCGAAGAACUUCAGAACGUUGUCGAGGAGCAGCAUUUCUUGAAUCACCAAGAGGAGUUGCUUCAAGAUCUAUUGGAAGAUCUCAAGGCACUAUCAGACGUCUACGGCCACGUUGAGAAAGUCAUCUCCCUGCGAGGCGCUGCACCCGCUAAAUCGCGUGGUUUAUUCCGCCCCCCGCCUCCGGACGAGAAUGCAGGCGGGGUCACCGCCGUGAUGAUGGAGAUCAGGGGCGCGCCCAUAGAUCCCGAGAAGCGCAUGAAAGCCAUUGAGGCCAGUCAGAAGAAUCGCCAGAAGGAAAUGGCUAGUCGGGCAACCAGUGAACUGCAUAACGAGCUGGGCGAGUUCGUGGGCCAGAGGAAGUUGAAGAUGACGGGCGGGGCGGAGGAGGCGGAGAGGGUGAGAAAGAAGAGAGAUGAGAUGACGCUGAAGGCGAUGUUCAGUGGGGGUACAGCGACGCCUCCUCCUGGGUCUCCGGAUAUGAGAACUGGAAACGGGUUUGUAUGA